AUGGCGCUCAACUUCCCGUGGAUCUACCCCGUUCGCGCCAUCCAGGUCGUGUUUGCCAUCAUCGUCCUGGGUUUGACAGCAUACAUCAUUAGCGUCGCUACCGGCGGGUACAGCGAUACCGUCAAUUUCAUGCUGUUCAACUCCAUCUGGACCGCCUUCGUGGCCACCCCAUACCUAGCCGCCGGUCCUAUGCUCGUGCCCAACUUCCCGCAUCGAUGGAUCGUCCCCGCGGUCGAAAUCAUCACCGCGAUCUUUUGGUUCGCCGGGUUCAUCGCGCUGGCGGCGAUGUUGCCGCCUCCCAAGUACUGUCACUCCGGCCCGUGCAACGCUGGCCAAGCGGCGGUUGCGUUUGGGGCGUUUGAAUGGGCGUUGUUUUUAGCGACCUCUGUCUACAGCACCCUUGGUGCGCUGCGGAAUCGAUCCCCUGCGGAUGGCCCCAUGCUUGCGAUGGAGGGUUGA